AUCAAGAUGCAUGAAAACUUAGAGCUGCCACAGACUUCCAUGGUGGGAGCAGCGCCUGAUCUGUUCUGUUUUUGCGGACAUUAAGUCAUUUGCCUUUGUGCAAAUCUUCAGGAAUUAUCGACGAGCACGACGUAGAAUGACAUCCCGCUUCAUGUAACCAAACACCCACCGUACACUGUACAAAAGCAACGCGUCUGAGUGUGUGGAUUCGACCACAGAUGUGCCUUGGAGCGAUAUUGUGGACACGCGUGGAUCUGUUUCCAUGCUGACGAAAAACGAACCGGUUAUUCAGUUUUCCCGUUGUGUCGUGAAGGAUCCAAAGGCUUAGGGUUCCUGGCUGCUGUCCAAGUAGUGCGGCGGUGGGCGUCAGAAUGAUGAAGAUGCGGCACCUGUAACCUGCACUGAGUCUCCAGUUCUGGUGAAUUAAACGCUAUUCAGAACGCUGGAAACGAGUGUACAGGUGAGCUAUUUCACUUCAUGCCCUGACAUGUUAAGGAGCAGGAGGGGAGGAGAUAAAGGACUAGAAAAACCGGUAAGCAGCUGGGAGCCGAGAAGAAUAUGUGAAAGGAGUAGAUUUCAGUCUCUCCAUUAAAACUAUAAGACCUGUGAGCAGGAAGAAAGGAGCAACAGAAAGACGUGAAAAGAGAGUAAUACAUUUGAGGCGAGACUGAACACAACCAUGGAGAAAACAUAAAGGAAAAACAUGAAACCGCACAUUUCAAAGGGCUUCUGACUAGCAGCAUGACUUGGACCUACGCGAUUGCAAAAUACAAACACACCUGCAGCCAGCAGUCAUCUGAGGACACUGUCUCUGAUUCUCCAUGCCGGAAACCUUUCAGUAGCGAACAUUUGCAUACAGCCCAACCAAACCCCACUGCUUUUUGUCUGUUAACAUCAGUGCAAGUUGUUUGAAGAGAUUCCAAGAGCCACCUGCUUCACUUGUUCUGUUGGGGACUAUGGAAGAAGGUAAAUCCUCAUGGUCCUUCCCUGUUCAUCUCCUGAGGACCAGAUGAGGAGCAUGUCACCCAGCUUGUUACGGGGCCAACGGUUCUACUGCCGUGAAUGGGCCCUUGAGAAGCUACAAAGAUGCCUAGAGGCGCGAGACUCCACCAAGAGCACGGAGGGAACAGCCCGUGUCUCUCCAGGGGUCCUAGUGACUGGGGGCCCGGGCACGGGUAAGACAGCCCUCCUCACAGAACUUGUUUGGCCUCAGUCGGAAGCAUGCAGGGCAGCAGGACUGGCAUCACGGUGUUUGUCCUGGCACUAUUGCCAGCGAGAGGAUGCAGGCAGUAUUGAAGUGUGGAGAUUUGUCCUGGGACUGGUUGAACAGCUGAAGGAAAGUCCACUUCUGGGACCGAACUAUGUGAAAGCGAUAAGCAGUGCUGCUAUUGCUGCUGUACUGGAGCCCCUCCACUGCCAAAGAGAACCUGAUGACACUUUUAAAAGGGCAGUAUUAGAGCCCCUCUUGUCCUUGACACCACCAGCUCACAGUGUGUUUAUUGUGGUUGAUUCACUGGACUCGGGGUAUUGUGGAGGUAAUGGAGUUGGAGAAGGUUUAAUAUCAGGAGCUGCGGCCACUCAGAGUUCCUCUAUUGCAGAGCUUCUGCUAAAAUACAUACAGCUCCUGCCCCCCUGGAUCUUGCUAGUCUGCUCUGCACGCCGCCAAAACAAAGCCAUUUGCAAGAUAUUCUCAGGUUUCAGGAGGUUGUGUCUGGAUGACUUAAGAAAGCCUGCAACUGUACGAGAUGUACAACAAUAUAUCCUUCGCAGACUUGACCAGGAUGGGGCUUUGAGAAGACAACUUACACCAGAGACAGCUGAAAUGCUUAAUCUUUUGCACAUCAAAAGCGGUGGCUGUUUCUUGUUUCUUGAGCGAGUACUAGAUGGUGUUGCACAUAGUCUAGUAGGACUUCGAGAAAUUCGGGACAUUCCUGGCACACUGAAUGGCCUCUACCUUUGGCUAUGUCAGCGCCUCUUUCCUCGAAGGCUGUUUGUCCAUAUUAGGCCUUUGCUGAAUAUCCUUUUGGCAUCCCCACAACCACUAACAGCUGAGCAGCUCUACACUAUUGCCAAAAGCCGUGACUUCUACCUUGGGAUUGGAGACUUCCAAGCACAGAUGGGGGCUCUGGCAUCUCUGUUUGUAGAUGGCCCUGAGGGCAGUAAACUCCUCUUUCAUAGCAGUUUUGCAGAAUGGUUAACUGAUGUUAAAUACUGCACACAGAAGUUUCUGUGUUGUGUGAAGGAUGGUCACCUUUCUUUGGCCAUGUCCCUCUCUCUUCGAGCCAGUAGUCUGGGUACAGAGGACACUUGCCAGCUGGCUUACCACCUCCUCAACAGUGGAGUCCAUGAAGGGGAACCAGCCCUCCUGGCACUCUGGUUGCUAUGGACUGGAGUUCCAGCACUUAACGGUGCCAAAACAGACUAUUCAUCUAGUCAUACUCCUGCAUUAGUUCAGCAAGAUGUACUACAACUCUUAAUGAAAAGUGGAAUUCACCCUGCAAGCUGUUCAACUGACAAUAGCUCCAGUGUCAGGGUACACUGUGUAGGAGGAGGCGGCAAGAUAGUUCGGCGAGCAUUACAGGGGGAAGACUCUGUCAGAGCACUUCUUGACAGUGGAAUCAGUGUGAACUGUACAGACCAAUCAGAUGGACGGACUUUACUGGCAGCUGCAGCCCAUGCUGGACUUGUAGAUGUAGCAGCAUUGCUGUUAUGCCGUGGAGCAGACCCUUUACUGAAUGACAACCAGGGGCAGACUGCACUGACGCUUGCUGCCAGACAAGGCCAUGUUGGUGUACUGCUGGUUUUGCUAAAGUGGGUGCAGGAGAUAGGGGCCAAGAGUCCUGCAGCACAAGCCCUGCUGGAGCAUGUAGACAGUGAGGGAUGGACUGCUCUUCGCACCGCUGCAUGGGGUGGCCACAAGGAAGCUGUGCGUCUACUUCUGGAAGCAGGGGCAGAGAUUGAUGGCUGUGAUUCAGAUGGCCGGACAGCCUUGCGAGCAGCAGCAUGGGGUGGACAUGAAGAAAUUCUGUUGACCCUUCUUGAUCAUGGUGCUGAAGUAGACUGCUCAGACCGUGAGGGACGUACUCCACUAAUAGCUGCAGCCUACAUGGGUCACAAAGAGGCAGUGGAGAUCCUUUUGAAUGCUGGGGCCGAUUUGAAUUUAGCGGAUGGGGAUGGACGAACCGCUCUGUCUGUUGCUGCAUUAUGUGUGCCAUCAGCAGCUGGAGGACGAGGCCAUGGAGAGAUUGUAAGCCUUCUGUUAGAGCGAGGUGCCAAUCCAGAACAUAAGGACAGAGAUGGAAUGACACCUUUACUACUGUCCUCUUACGAAGGGCAUGAGGAAGUGGUUGAACUCCUGCUGGAAGCUGGAGCAGAUGUAGAUGAAAGUUCUGGAUCACAUCCAUCUGCUAUCACUCCUCUUCUUGCAGCUGCAGCUCUGGGGCAUGCUGGCACAGUUAACCGUUUGCUGUUUUGGGGGGCAGCAGUGGAUGGCAUCGACGGAGAAGGGCGCACUGCUCUCUGCUUGGCUGCAGCCAAGGGUAGUGUUGAAGUUGUAAAAGCACUGUUGGACAGGGGUUUGGAUGAGAAUCACAAAGAUGACCUGGGCUGGACUCCAUUGCAUGCUGCAGCUUGUGAAGGUCACAAAAGUGUGUGUGCAAUAUUGACAGAGCAAGGUAGCAUGGCACGUGUGGGUGAGCUUGAUGUAGAGGGUCGGAGCCCUCUAAUACUAGCAGCACAAGAAGGUCACUGCAGUACAGUCAGGCUACUUCUAGAGCGAAAGUCACCCAUUGAUCAUCGUGCAUAUGAUGGACACUCUGCUCUUAGUGCGGCUGCUCUCCAGGGUCAUCGGGAGAUUGUGGAGUUAUUGAUGCGUAGAGGGGCAGACACUGAUGUCCGUGAUGCUGAAGGAAGACCUCUUCUUUAUUUGCUGGUCCUGGAGGGCCAUUUAGACAUGGCAAUGCUGCUCAUUGAAAAAGGGGGUGUCCCUCUGGAGUCAAAAGAUGCAGAAGGGCGAACUGCACUACAUGUAGCAGCUUGGCAAGGAGACCUGGAAGGUAUUGAACUGUUGCUGAAGUAUGGUGCUGACCCAAAUGCUAGAGAUCUUGAUGGUCGGCCUCCUUUGCACUCUGUGGCCUGGAGAGGUAAUGCAGCUGCUGGUAGGCUGCUGCUUAGGGCUAAAGGUCUUAAUGUAGACCUGCCUUGCAAACAGCAGGGUGCCACAGCCCUUAGCAUUGCUGCUCAGGAGGGGCAUGCUGAAAUUGUGGCCAUGCUUUUAGAGAAAGGUGCAGAACCAGACCAUGUGGACCGUUAUGGCCGCAGCCCAGUCAAGGUAGCAGGAAAACAAGGUAAUUUCACAAUUGUGCGACUUCUGGAGAGCUAUGGCGCAAAGCCCUUCUCAGGUCUCAUACCGUUUACACCUAGUGGUCCUCCCAACAAUUCUUAUCUUUCAGCCAUAGUCAAGACCCAAGCAUCCAUUAGUUCAGGAGAAGUGGGUGUUGAUGGAGUCCCAGCCACAUCUUCUCCAUCUUCGACCUCAGUUUCUGCCUCCUGUUCCCCAGCUUCCACUGCAGAGCGCUUUCAUUCCAUGCCUGCCUCACAGACUUCCUCCUCCACCUGCCACUCCCUGGCCACAGUACAGACUGUGCCUGCUGACAGCCUAAAUUUCAUCCAGCAAAUUCAACAACAUUCGCUUCCUCGUUGCCGCAGUCGGCCAUCCACAUUGCCUCUACCUGGUUCCAAUCUAGCCAGUCUUCAGGGCAGAGCUUCUAGGCACAAUCAAAAAGCUGUUCCCAAGAGCAGUCCCACAAAUGAACAGUGCACACUCUCUGAACUCCUGGACUCAGACAAACACUUAAAAGGGCUUGGAUACUCGGGGAAUGGCAACUACCUCUUAAAACCUAAAACUCCUUACAUCAUAGAGGAUGUGAUGGAGAAGAACCUCAAACAAGCUGGUGGAGUAGAUCUAAAGUGGAACUCCGUUAUGGCUUCCUUAGGGGUGAUGCCAAACCAAGAGGGCCCAAUUCGACAAACAAAAAUUGGGGAAAGCCCCCCUUUGGGAUACCCACAUUUUCACUUCCAAUCCCAUGCACAAAAAGAGGAUUGGGGAGGAAUUCAAAUGACAUCCAAAUCUCCAAUUGACCUUUCAGUUAUUUCCCCACAUAGUGCCUUAUCUAAUGAGUCUGUGUUUAACAUGACAACUACUGAUCCCCAGCUGAAUCACAAACAGGCAAUUAAGCUGCAGUUUGAAGGGCCAACCAGUGCAGCACUUUACAAGCGGGAAACCCCUCUCUGAGGCAAACUUGGACAUUUAGGAAUUCAAGGAGGUGAGGGUGGUGUGGGUAAUCACUGUACUGUGUGUGGGAGGAGUUGAGAGUAGAGGAAGAUGGCAGAUGAGAGAGUCGUAACACACUGACUUCCACCUCUCUUUAACCCAUUGACCCCAAAGCACAAAAGAAAAGGGAAAGACAUAGGGAGCAUAGAGGAACCGGAGUUCAAAGGCUCAAGCUGUGUACAUUCCAGAGCUUUUCCUCCUCAUGCUGUCACAAAGGGGUCAGCUGGCACUCUCUCAUACUCUGUCAUACAAUCACAGGAAAAUAUUUUUACAUUAAGAUGAACACAUAUGGAUAUUUGCUCUGCUUGUGUUAUGCAUUUGCAAAAGUCAGCAUAUUCAUACCCCAGGUAUUUUUGUGCACAUAACUCAACAUAAAUGACAACUUUUCAUAGACUAAUGAGCUAUUCACUCUUUCAUCUUCUUACACAUUGUGGCUCAGCAGUGCCAUCUUUGUUUUUAUGUUGGUGAAUUAUAAGAGCUAAUAAGAAUGCUGUUGAAAUUGGAGUGCAUCUACAUUCAGAACAGUCUUUUUGGGUGACCUGCUGUACAUUGCUCAGACUCCCAGACUUGGACUUGCUGGGCCAAAAAAAAGGCCUUUUCAAAGCACCACUGUCACUUAGUGGCUUUAUACUCCAGAUAUGUUUUCAUGACUAAUGGAAGUCAUCAGCAAUGUUUAUGUCUUUUAAAGAUGUGCUAAAUUAAAUAUACUAUUUGUUUCAGAA